AUGCACACAGAUGACUCGCAAUAUCAACGCAUUUUGUGGCGAAACGAAGCAAAUGAAAUUCAGGAGUAUUGUCUCACGACAGUCACAUUUGGGACUGCUUCCGCUCCAUAUACCGCGAUACGAAUCCUCCACCAACUGGCUGAAGACGAAAGUACAUCGUAUCCGUUAGCAGCACCUGUCCUUCGGAAUGAAAUGUAUGUUGACGACGUACUAUCUGGCGGUCACUCCGUUGAGAUCGCCACCGAAAUUCGCAAACAAGUAACCUUAGCAUUGCGCUCCGCUGGCAUGGAACUUCGAAAAUGGAGCAGCAACUCAUCGGCGGUGCUGGACGGUAUUCCCACCGAAAACAGGUCAGACAGUAAUGCCUUACAGUUAAAUAGCAGCGAUACCGUUAAAACCCUUGGCAUUCUGUGGCAACCGAACAAGGACGUUUUUAAAUUCCGGCUCAACUUCGAAAUUGAUUUUACUGCCACCAAACGGUCAGUGCUCUCAACUAUAGCUCGUCUGUACGACCCACUGGGAUUAAUUGCACCGGUUAUUGUAGCAGCCAAAAUCAUCCUGAAAUCGGUAUGGUCCUUUAAGGUACAACGCGAUGAGCACACGUUCACACCAUUGGCAUGGGAUGAAACGCUACCAACAAACCUAAAUCACCAAUGGCAACGUUUUCUAAAUACUGUAUCGGAGCUGCCCUGCAUCACGGUGCCGAGAUGGUUGAACUAUGAACCAAAUCAUGUUAAAUCAUUACAACUCCAUGUAUUUUGCGAUGGCUCGACAGCUGCAUAUGCAGCAUGUGUUUAUCUACGGGUAGAAUGCAGUGAUGGUAAAAUUUUUACAACGCUUCUCAUCGCAAAAAGCAGAGUCACCCCGACAAAACCGUUGACUAUACCACGCGUCGAGUUGUGCGGAGCAGUGCUGGCGACUGAAUUAAUGGAAUGGACCAAAAAAUCAUUGUCAUUACCGUAUACAAAUCUAAAAACAUUUUAUUGGACCGAUGCUACGAUUGUGCUUUACUGGAUAAAUGGCGAUCCGAAUCGAUGGCAAACAUGGGUUUCAAACCGAGUUGGCAAGAUACUACAAACCUCUUCACCGUCACAAUGGAGUCACGUCGAUACUAUGCAAAAUCCAGCUGAUUGCGCAACCCGAGGCCUAACACCAGUCAGUUUAUCAACUUUCAGGCUAUGGUGGUCCGGCCCAGAGUGGUUGCUGUCAGAUGAAGAUUCCUGGCCGAAAUUUAGCACGACUGAAUUGCACAUCACCGAAGAAAUAGCUGAAGUUAAAAGGAAGCCGCUUCAAGCAAAUUUCACGAUUUGUCAAGACUCCGUUAUUCUUCGGUACUCGUCGCUGACGAAAACCGUACCCGUUUGUGCGUACAUUCUCCGUUUCGUGCAGAAUAGCCAAGUUCAGAGCUGUGCCCGCAUAAGUGGACCUUUGUCGGUCACCGAGCUAAACCAAAGUCUAGCAAAGGUUGUCAGGCUCGUACAACAAGAAACAUUCAACACCGAAGUACACAACGUUCGCAAUAAAAAACCUGUUCCACAUAGAAGCAAGCUUACUAGCUUAACUCCGUUUCUUGAUGAGCAGCAACUUCUUCGUGUGCGUGGGCGAAUUCAGCGCUCUAAUCUUCCAUUUGAUCAGAAGCACCCCAUCAUUUUACCAAGUAAGUAUCAUUUCACUAGUUUGGUUAUCACUCACGCGCACUUAACGACAUUACAUGGUGGUGCGCAGCUUACCUUAACAUAUUUACGACAGCGGUUUUGGAUAAUAAAUGCCAGACGCACUGUGCAAGAACAACUUCGAAAAUGCAUUAAAUGUGUUAGAAAUAAGCCGGAAGUUGGUAGUCAACUGAUGGGCGAACUUCCAUUCCAUCGAGUCAAUCCACCACAACGCCCGUUCCUCGCAACAGGCGUCGAUUACACCGGCGCAAUCGAGCUAAAAUCGUCUAGAUUUCGUGGAAAUACGACAUAUAAAGGGUACAUCGCUAUUUUCAUUUGUUUAGCUACAAAGUGCAUUCAUCUGGAAGCAGUCACAGGCAUGUCAACGGAAAACUUCUUGAUGGCCCUGCAACGAUUCAUUGGACGUCGAGGUCUGUGCAAAGACAUCUACAGCGAUUGCGGAACAAAUUUUAUAGGCGCUGACAAGGUACUUCAACCAAAUGAACGUAAAUUUGCGGAGGACAUAGAGCAAGAAGUCGUGCCGAAAUUAGCAAGCCAAGUGGCACUUCAAUCCUCCCCAUUCACCUAA